GUGAUACAAAAUUCAUCGUGAUCGGCAAGGCGUUUUUUGUAAUUUUACAAAAUCUAUAAUACAAAAGAAAUUUGUUUACGUCGAGAGUCGGUGAAAAGAAAAAAAAUAUGAGCUACCAACUGUACAGAAAUACGACCCUUGGACACACGUUACAGGAAAGUCUUGACGAAUUGAUAUCGUGUGGACAAAUCACUCCUCAGCUGGCACUGAAGGUUCUGCUCCAGUUUGACAAAGCAAUCAACACAGCCCUGGCUAACCGAGUGAAGAACAGGAUACAGCUCAAGGGAAAACUGAAUACCUACCGCUUUUGUGACAACGUAUGGACAUUUGUGUUGAAUAAUGUCGAUUUUCGAGAUGUUCAGGAGUUGGCUAAAUGUGAUAAAGUGAAGAUAGUAGCAUGUGAUGGAAAAAGUGCAUCUGGUCAUGAAUAAAUAUGAAGAAAUGACUCUCCUAUGCUGUUUGGAUAUUUUUGUUGCAAUAACAUCUCACAUUCAUCUUACAAGAUGAGCAUUUCAGAAGCAGUAACAAGUUUGUAGAUAUAAAAAUUAUGUUUUUGCUUCAGUGCUUCAUUUAAAUUUGCCUAAAAAUUGUAGGAAAAAUGGGAAGUGAGUCUUUGUACAUUUGCAUAAAAAUGGCCAAAAAAAGAAAUGCCACUGGUCCAAUUUUCUUGCAAUUCAGGUAGAAUGUUGUUUUGUGUAAAUCAAAAGUUUAGGAAACUGUUCCUAUAAAUGUAUAGAAUACAUCCACAGUGCUCUAUUUAGUACUUUUAGUCUUGUACAUUUCAUGCAUUGUGUACAUAGUUCAAUGACAAUAUCAAAACUCAUGUAUAUUAAAGGAAUAUUAUACAGA